ACUCGGUCCACUUCUAUGUGUGUCACCUUAGCUGAGUUUGUUCACGGCAUUAAAGUCAACUGUAGUAUUGUGGCCGACACUCAAUCACUCCUUCGACCUGUUCCUCCUCGAGCUGCAACUGAGGCCUCGUGUACUUGCCUGUAAAACAACAUUCGCUCAACACGGAUGUUUCUCAAAGCCGUGGCAGUGCUGAUUCAGCUAGCUGUCUUGUUACCCCCAUCUUUAAUUUCUGGGAAGCCUGACUGCCCGCCCCGGAAGGUCCCAGAUGCGUCUGCUCUCAAGGAGGCGAUGAACGCAUUCGUCAUCGGUGGCGUUGUCCCGGACCUGUUGCCUCAAUUCACCCCGCUGGCCAUCAUGAGAUUAAUCUAUCAACCCAACCCGUUCGGUACCGUCUUCUUUCCCGGCCAACGCGUCCCACAAUCCUUGACUCGCGAGCAACCCACAAUCAGGAUUCGGCUGCCUCCUUAUGAGUCUUCCGCUUCUUCCGCCUUGUCUCCCGAUUUUGAUUACACGUUUAUCAUGAUCGAUCCGGAUGUUCCCAGCAGAGUUAAUUCUACUAUGGGACCGUUCCGACACAUGCUAUCAACCGAGGUGAAGCUGGUACCGAAUGCGCCAUACUUCGACCUAGAGUUCCCCGACAAGCUGCUCAGUCCAUACUCCCCGCCAACCCCUCCAGAAGCAUCGGGCUUCCAUCGAUACACCUUCUUGCUCUAUCCCGGCCAGCCUUCGCCCGAAUCGAUCGACGAUUUCGAACACAAAUACCCCUCCCGAUAUCACUUCAAUUUGCGCCAGUUCGUCGCUGAGGCUGGGCUUUGUGACCCGAUUGCCGGGAUCUUCAUGUUCACGGAAAACUCGAAAGACGAAGCCAAAAAUUUGGUGCAUUGAAUACCCCUCUCCAUCCUCUUCUUAUGUCAGACUAUCCUUGUUGCCAUUAAUGUAUUGUCCAGACUUGCAAUCAAGACAUCCUCACCUGCUCUCUGCACGUGUUGUGACGAUUUCAUCUGGCUUCUGAAAGUACAUAGUCCUGUUUUUGUCCUUCACUGGAAUGGAUCUUAUACUUGAGCAUUGAUGAAACAUUAAAACUGUACUUCGAGUACAUACAACAACCUUGUUUCUCUGUAUUUGUCUCAUAGAGCCAGACUACAAGUCACUUCCUUUGUUUCAGCUGGAAGAUGUCCAAUAUAAAUAGUAGCGCAUCUCUCCAGAGUUGCCACAA